UGUGCGUCGAUAUUCCACUCGCACACCGUGUAGGAGAUCCUGAAGUGUCUGACGUCUAAUGAUUGUCGAUUUGUCUUAGCAUCGUUCUCGUUCUUUCAGUUUCAUAUAUUAGUUUGCAUAUCAUUAUUCCUACUCGAAGAACGCGCUAACAUACGAAGAUAGCAGAUCUGGGGUAUGAGCGCUUAUGAGCACUAGCUACGUGCCGCAUGCAGGCAGUACAUACACGUACAUAAAAGAAAGUGUGCGCGCUGCCGAAUAUGUCUUGUCAAAAUUAAUAGAGCCAGCGGACGCAAAUGAUGCCGUGCGGACUUCCAGAGUUCGUGCGUUGCUGGUCAUCGACGGUCGUGCUUUGAUCCCGACACGCUUGACAUGUUUCGAAACUGCUGUGCUCCUGGACCUGGUCAUUUUCUUGGACAGUUGAGUUCUGUUGGGUUUCGACGGUUGCCCAGUCCCACAAAGGUCGAUCAUCGGUUCGCAAUCGUACGAGCUUCGUCUACCAGCACAUCGCCGACACCUGGGGCUCACUCACUAGAAGGGUUCAGUGCGAUUGGCACUGGGGUAUAUCUGCAAGAUAUCCGUGAAAAAUGCCAGGAUACUACAUCACCGAACGUCAUCUUGAUAUUUGGAUGGAUGGGAGGACAACUUCGGCAUUUGCAGCAUUAUACCCGUGCAUAUGCCAAAUUAUAUCCGAACGCAUCUCAGAUCAUUGUUCAGUGCAAUUCCGACCUGUUCUGGACUACAAAUCGUGCUAGGAAACGGAGUCUCAAGCCUGUCAUUGAUGCCUUAGAAGCACUGCAUUGCUUGCCAUCUUCCUCUUCUCCCCAACGGUCCCCCCGCAUACUCACACAUGCAUUUUCCAAUGGAGGUUGCCUGCAAAUGACUCUUCUUGGACACAUGCUGCAGCAGAAAUAUGGUUCUACAUCACUUCCAGAAUCAUUCACGAGCGCAUUGAUCCUUGACUCGUGCCCAGCAGUGGGCAAUUUGGAAUCAAUCAAACGCGCAGUCUGCACUGUUGUCCAGAAUCCAAUUGUCAGACUCAUCGUACUCGCCAUCGUACACACGAAGCACUCCGUCUGCUUCGGCCUCUCUCUGCUAUUCGAUAAGCGAAUGAUCAUGCUGGAAAACCUGCAGAUAGAAAUGUGGAAUCCCCGCAUCCUAUCAUGGAUGGGCCUCCACACGCCCCGCCUCUACCUUUUCUCGCCCAAGGACAAAUUGGUUUCGUGGCAAGAGGUCAUGCGCCAUGCUGAGACUGCGAAGGAGCGUGGAAUGGUUGUAUGCUGCGAGCUGUUUGAAAAGAGCGAACAUGUAGCACACGCGCGGGUCGAGCCAAAAAGGUAUUGGACUGCGGUACAGGAGGUGUGGGCUGUCGCAACCAAGGAGAAGGGGGAGGGUCAGAGGAUAUCUAACUGA